AUGAAUUUCUCUGGGCAGACUAUCUUUAUUGGUGGUGGCUCGAAAGGGCUGGGCUAUGAGCUCGCUGUACUGCUGAUCAAAGCACAUGCCGCGCAUAUAGUCCUCUUUGCGCGGAACCAGGAACAACUCGACAUCGCAAGAACCUCCCUCGAGAAGUUGGCACAGAAGAAUCAGUUGGUUCAGACACGAUCUGCCGACCUUUCUGAUCCAGCACAGAUCGAUGAUGCCUUUGGCGCCUUUCCAAUCCCAGAUUAUCUAUUCUGUGUCGUAGGCGGUGCGACAGUCGAGUUAGGCUACCUGAUCGACAAAGACCCUGAGCAUAUCCGAUCAUGCAUGAAUACGAAUUACUUCACGGCCGUUUUCAUGGCUCAGGCCAUGCUACGGAUCUGGGUCAAUGCGCCGCCGUCUCCCCAAGGAGGCCCUAAUGGCAAGCCCCGAACCCGACAUCUAGCAUUCACCUGCAGUGUCACGGCCUUUGUUGGGGUCCCGGGAUAUAUUGCCUACACACCCACGAAAUGCGCCGUCCGCGCCGUAGCAGACACCCUCCGACAAGAGGUCCUCCGCUACAACACCGCCGCCGUUAACUACAAAGUUCACUGCGCUUUCCCAGCGAACUUCGUGACCCCUUCCUUCAUCGAAGAACAGAAAUACAAGCCCGAGCUUACCAAGCGUAUAGAAGGUACGGAUAAACCUGUUCAUGAUUUGAUAGAGAAGACGCCUUCGCCUACUGAAGUGGCGCGACGGAUCUUGGACGGCGUGCAUAGAGACGAGUAUGCUAUCUGGUAUGAUUUUGAAAGUUCAUUCCUUCUGAGUAACAUGCUUGGCCCAACGCCAAAGAGGGGCUUUGGCAUUGUGGACUCGUUGCUUAUGGUUUUGGCGUGGAUUGUUUGGCCAUUCGUGCGGAGACAGCAUGAUGAAUUGUGUCGGAAGGAUGGUAUAGCCGGUUGA